AGUGUGGGAAAAGAAGGACUUAGCCUGACGACCAACUGUGUCAAGCUCCAUUCUGCCAACCGGCAUCUUCUCUUGGAUACUUCAUACGUGCAGCCUUUUUUAUUGCAAAUUCCACACAAUGAGUACCGACAAUGGACAUAAAAACCAUCAGAUGGACACUGGUGCUCGCAUGAAUGACUCUCACAAACACAAGGACAAACACAGAGAGAAGGAGCACAAGCACAAGGACCACAAGAAAGAUAAGGAGAGGGAGAGGGAGAAGGAGAAGUCGAAGCACAGCAACAGUGAUCACAGAGACCCUUCGGAGAAGAAGCCCAAAGACAGGGAUAGAGAGCGAGAGAAGGAGAGAGAGAAAGAUAAAGAGAAAGAUAGAGACAGAGAGAGGGAGAAGGAGAAGGUGAAGCAUAAAGAUGACGGCCAGGAGAGGCACAGGGACAAGGAGAAGGAGAAGAGGCGGGAGGAGAGGGAGAAGGAGAAGAUGAAAUCCCACAGCGGAGAUGUUAAAAUCAAAAAGGAGAAGGAGAAUGGCUUUGCGAGUCCUCUGCAUAUUAAAAGUGAACCUGAUGACAACGGCUACCACCCCGUCCCCAAGCAAGAGAAGCACGAGAAGCCAGUCAAGAGGCAGAAAGAUGAUGACGAGUCCAGCUAUGAACCUAAAAAGGUGAAGGUGAAGGUGGAGGAGGUGAAGGAGAAGAGGGCGAAGAAAAGGAAAUAUUACGAUGAUUACGAGGAUGACGACGAGGAAGAGGAUGUUAAACCCAAAAAGAAGACAAAAGACAAGAAGCUCGACACGACUGCUCCUGGAAAGAAAAAGGGGAAGAAAGAGAAGGAGUCAGAGGAGAAGUGGAAAUGGUGGGAAGAGGAGAGAGCCACAGAUGGAUCCAAAUGGAGGUUUCUGGAACACCAUGGCCCUGUGUUUGCUCCCCCCUACGACCCUCUCCCUGGCCACGUCAGAUUUUACUACGAUGGGAAGCCUUUUAAGCUGAGCACUGGUGCUGAGGAGGUGGCCACAUUCUUCGGCAAAAUGCUUGACCACGAGUACACCACUAAAGACGCAUUCAGGAAGAACUUCUUCAAAGACUGGAGAAAGGAAAUGACAUCAGAUGAGAAGGCUAAGCUCACAGACCUGAAUAAGUGUGACUUCAGCGAAAUGAACGACUACUUCAAAGCACAAUCAGAGGCCAGAAAACAGAUGUCAAAAGACCAGAAGCUGAAAAUCAAAGAGGAGAAUGAGCGCAUCCUGGAGCAGUACGGCUUCUGUUUGAUGGACAACCACCGCGAGCGCAUCGGCAACUUCCGCAUCGAGCCCCCCGGACUCUUCAGAGGCCGAGGUAACCAUCCCAAGAUGGGCAUGCUGAAACGCCGCAUCCGGCCCGAGGACAUCAUCAUCAACUGCAGCAAGGACUCCAAACACCCCAAGCCCCCUGCUGGCACUAAGUGGAAGGAGGUUCGCCAUGACAACAAGGUGACAUGGCUGGCCUCUUGGACGGAGAACAUCCAGGGCUCCAUCAAGUACAUCAUGCUCAACCCCAGCUCCAGGAUCAAGGGUGAGAAAGACUGGCAGAAGUAUGAGACGGCGAGGCGGCUGAAGAGCUGUGUGAACCGCAUCCGGAACCAGUACCAUGACGACUGGAAGUCCAAGGAGAUGAGGAUCCGCCAGCGCGCCGUGGCCCUCUACUUCAUCGACAAGCUGGCUCUGAGAGCGGGUAACGAGAAGGAGGAGGGCGAGACGGCCGACACGGUGGGCUGCUGCUCGCUGCGUGUGGAGCACAUCCAGCUCUUCCCUGAGAAGGACGGCCAGGACUACGUGGUGGAGUUUGACUUCCUGGGGAAAGACUCCAUCCGCUACUACAACAAGAUGCCCGUGGAGAAGAGAGUAUUUAAAAACCUUCAACUGUUUAUGGAGAACAAACAACCUGAAGAUGACCUGUUUGAUAGGCUCAAUACCUCCAUCCUGAAUAAACACCUCCAGGAGCUGAUGGAUGGGCUGACGGCCAAAGUGUUCCGUACCUACAACGCCUCCAUCACCCUGCAGCAACAGCUGGAGCAGCUCACCUGUGCUGAUGACAAUCUGCCAGCCAAGAUCCUGUCCUACAACCGAGCCAACAGAGCCGUCGCUAUACUCUGCAACCACCAGAGGGCGCCCCCCAAGACCUUUGAGAAGACCAUGCAGAACCUGCAGACCAAGAUCGAUGAAAAGAAGAAACAGCUCUCAAAUGCUAAGAAGGAGCUGAAAUCCGCCAAAGCCGAUGCCAAGGGUCAUCGCGAUGACAAAAGCAAAAAGACUCUGGAGAUGCGUAAGAAGCAGCUGGCGCGUAUUGAGGAGCAGCUGAUGAAGCUGGAGGUGCAGGCCACCGACCGUGAGGAGAACAAGCAGAUCGCACUCGGCACCUCCAAACUCAACUACCUGGACCCACGCAUCUCAGUCGCAUGGUGCAAGAAGUAUGAAAUCCCCAUAGAAAAGAUCUACAACAAGACUCAGCGUGAGAAGUUUGCUUGGGCUAUCGAUAUGGCCGAUGAAGACUAUGAAUUUUAGUUUGAGCCGUAAAUGUCUUUUGUUUCGUUUUUUAUUGUUAUGGAAAGAAGAACAAAAAUAUCCUCCAGCCCCCCCCCUCUCUCUCCGUUUCAGCUAAGUCAAGGAAUACACGAUUUUAACAUUGA